UUGGUUCAUGGCUCAGAAUCAUAAUUAAUAACACAAGGAGAAUCUCUCUCUCUCUCUCUCUCUCAUCUUCUCUCUGUCUCAUGUUCAAUCUCUAGAACAUCACUAAGACUCAAUCUUCAUGCAAAAAUGGGGUCAAGAUUUUGUUCCUUGUUCCUUGUGCAUUGUUGGGCUUUUCUGAUUUUGAGUGUGGGAUUCAGCAGCUGUGAAGUGGCUGUAAAGUUACUGGAGACUCCUCAUGCAUUCUCCAACAGAAAUUACUCCACUUUCUCUUUCCAAGUUUUGGUGGGUGGCAAUGCAAGCAUCUGCUCCCACUGUUCCACCACUUGCAAGCUGGAUCAUGGCAAGGAUUCAGCUUGUGAAGGUGGAAGGAUAUCUUAUUCAAGACUGUUAGAUGGGAACCAUUCAUUUGAGGUGUGCACACAAGGGUCCCGCGGAGUUGCCUGUGCGAGCUAUAACUGGACCGUUGACACGGUUAAACCCACAGCGCAAAUAACAGGAGCGACAAACUUCACAAGUGCUUCUCGUGUUUCAGUGAACAUAUCUUUCAGUGAGCCAUGUACUGGUGGUUUCAUGUGCUCUACUGUAAAUUCCUGCAACCUUCUUGUUUAUGGUGCUGGAGAGGUCAUGCCUGAUACAUUCAAAGUAAUCGAGCCAAACAUGAAAUACUCUGUUGAUGUCAGCGUGUCUAAAAGAGUUCGAUAUGGACGCUUGAUCCUGGUAAUGGACAAAGAUUUCUGCACAGACAAUGCAGGAAACCAAUUUACGAGAACAGAUAAUUCAAGUUUUGUUAUACAUUUUGAUAAAAGAAGUGUGCUUGUUAACAUGAGAACUCAUGUACCCGAAAAGCUGCUUCAGAUAGGCACUGAAACUAGAACUGUAUUGGCAACUAACAAGGAUAUGUUCUUAAAGGUGUAUCUGUAUUUCACUGAACCUGUCAUGAAUUCCUCUACUGAAAUCUUGAACUCCAUCGAUAUAAGUCAAGGCUCGCUCGUUCCCAUAAGUGGGAGUAGCUGUGGAAAGCGUAGAUUUGGCUACCAGCUCACUAAUAUGUCGAACAUGGCUAUUGUUACUGUGAGCCUGCAGUCGAACUUGGUGAUCACCAGACAGGGGACCCCCGUUGCUCCUGUAUCUCCAGUAACAUUCCUCUAUGACUCUCGAAGACCGACUGUUAGGCUGAGCACAACAUGCGACAUGCGGACAAAAGAGAAAAUCAUUCUAGUAAUGAUCAAAUUUAUGAAGCCAGUGUUUGGUUUCAAUUCAUCUCAUGUAUCGAUUUCUGGAGGGCAUUUGCAGAGCUUCCAAGAGGUGACUAGGAGAAGCUACACGGCUCAUAUACGCGCAGAUAGAGAUGCCAUAUCCGUCUAUAUUCCUGAAAAUGUGACAUCCGAUGUUUCCGGGAAUGGAAAUGUAGCAUCUAAUACCCUGCAAGUCAGGCACUAUUCAGCACCCGUUGAAUCCUUGGUGGUUUCGUACUUUGCUAUUGCUGCUUUUGGCGUUACAGCUUUGGUUGCCGGCUUUCUAACUGUUUCUACAGCAAGUCUGCUAUCCGCUGGAGCAUACUCCAAACCAAGCGCUAUCUUGUGUUCCGACCCUGCCAGAAAUCUUUUCAGAGUCGCAUCGCAUAUUCAAGUCUUUGCACUGUCUAAAUGGUUAUCAGUCACCUUGCCCAUCGAAUAUUAUGAGCUUACAAGAGGCUUACAGUGGAGCAUUCCCUAUUUCAACCUCCCAUGGGAGACGGGCGACCAACGUUCAGUCAUGGUGGGUUCAACUUCUCCUAAGGAUCGGCUGAUUCUUGUUCCCAAAGGUCACGACUCAAUAUUCGUUGAGGGCCUUAAACCAGAAGCUGCAAAUGUGAACUCACCAAAGGUUUUUGGGUUGCCUCUGAAUCCUAUGGAGUAUGCAUUUUAUUUUGCGAGUGAAACUGCCAUGCCAGAAGCAGAAUACAUCUUGGAUCCACAUAAUUCACACGGAUGGAGAGAUUUCAGCAGAAGCAUGUUCUGGCUAGCUGUAACCGGAGGCGGUCUGAUACUGCUCCAUGCUCUACUUCUCAUGAUCCUAAAAUUUAAGAGGGAAAACAAGGAAAAACGUAGCUAUGGAGCACUCAUUUUCCCAAGAUUCGAGAUCUUUCUUCUAAUACUAGCACUACCUUGCAUCUCCGAAGCAUCAGCAUCUCUAAUCAAAGGAGCAACGCCUUCUGGCACAAUCGUGGGUGUUCUCAUACUAAGCCUAGUAGCGUUUGUGCUACUCUGCCUACUCAUAUUCCUCUCCUUUGGCAUCACACUCGGAAAGCUGCUCCAAUACAAAGAGGUUCACCAAGAAGGCCAAACAUUCCACUGGUAUCAGGAACUGAUUCGAGUCACAUUAGGCCCGGGCAAGAGAGGCCAAUGGACAUGGAAGAACGAACGUCAUUCCAUCUGCUUAACCAUCCUAGGCCCUCUCUUUGAGGAUCUAAGAGGCCCUCCUAAAUACAUGCUGUCACAGAUCUCCGGGAGCACCAUCACCAAGCCAGGCGACACGAUCAUUGCCUCAGACGACGAAACAGAGGAUGCAGAGGCACCCUUCAUACAAAAACUCUUCGGAAUCCUUAGGAUCUACUACACAUUGCUGGAAUCCGUGAGGCGAGUAGCUCUUGGCAUCGUUGCAGGCGCCUACUCUCAGACAUGGUCAUCAAGAACUCCCACGAUCGCCCUCCUCUCCAUCACAGCGUUCCAGCUCUUCUUCAUGGUGCUCAAGAAACCAUUCAUCAAGAAAAAGCUCCAGCUAGUUGAGAUCAUCUCCGUCACAUAUGAGCUUGCAAUCUUCGCCUCCUGCCUCGCCCUUUUAGACCGACAGCUCACCCCCAUCGACGAGAGGAGGCUAGGGAUUGCAAUGGUGGUGGUGUUCAUACUAGCAUUUCUAGUGCAAAUGAUCAAAGCGUGGCAGGCAUUGUUCAAACAGAUCAGGCAGUUGGAUCCCAUCGAAUAUUCAUUUUUUAUUGGCUUACAAAAUGCAGCAAUUGGAUUUGCAUUCUUGAUCUUGCCUCAUUGGUUGAUCAAGAAUCGGCUCAAGAGGUUUCCGAUCAACAACCCCGGUGAGGGGGAUAGUAUGAGAAGGAACCAGAGCUCCGGGUCGAGGGAGAAGCCGUGGCUGAGGCAGAUAAGAGAGAUGGCAAGGUCUAGCUUCAGCAGAGAAGGAAGCAGUACAACAACUGAUCCUUCAUCGAGUAAGGUGAGAUGGAGUGGGCUUUGGAGGAGUAAGAGAAGUGGGAGCUCGUCGGCAUCGGCGUCCGCCUCAACGUCGACGGAUUAUAAGGCAAAGCCGAUGGGAUUGUACAAAGAGUUGGAAGACAUUUUUGCUUCCAAAUGACAGGUUUUUAAGCAUGCAUGGGCACAAACAUGUUUUGUUUUGGUAUUUUUAUAUUGAGACAAUUGCCUCUCUUAUAUGUUA